CUGUGCAUAUAAAUAUACAACAUUACUAUUUACCAAACAUCCAUCUUACAUAUAUAUUACUCGUCAUCAGGAAUUCAUGUUUUCUCUCUGACAAAAGAACUCAGAGUAAGUAAGAAUGGUACAGACGAAGAAGUUCAGAGGUGUCAGGCAACGCCAUUGGGGUUCUUGGGUCGCUGAGAUUCGUCAUCCUCUCUUGAAACGGAGAAUUUGGCUUGGGACGUUUGAGACGGCAGAGGAGGCAGCAAGAGCCUACGACGAGGCGGCUGUUUUAAUGAGCGGCCGCAACGCCAAGACUAACUUCCCCCUCAACAACAACAACAACACAGGAGACACAUCGGAGGGCAAAACAGAUAUUUCAUCCUCCUCUUCGUCACUCUCUUCUAUCCUCAGCGCCAAACUGAGGAAAUGCUGCAAGUCUCCUUCGCCUUCCCUCACCUGCCUCCGUCUUGACACGGCCAGCUCCCACAUCGGCGUCUGGCAGAAGCGCGCUGGUUCCAAGUCCGACUCCAGUUGGGUCAUGACGGUGGAGCUCGGCCCAGCUGGCUCCUCCCAAGAGCCUACUAAAAAUGCUUCACAGGAUGAUGUUGGUCCAGCCACUGAAGUUGGCGGCGGAGGAGGAGAAGGAGCAAUGGACGAAGAAGAGAAGGCUGCUUUGCAAAUGAUAGAGGAGCUUCUCAAUACAAACUAAAUAUUAUUUGCUUAUAUAUACCUAUUUUUAUUGCUGAUUUACCGCCAUAAUUAUUAAUUAUAUAUACCCAUAUAUGCUAUGUAUCGUGUUUAUAUUUACAAUGUGAUAGUUAUAUGUUGUUUUAUAUAUCGUUUUAUGUCCAAUAAAGUAUUAGUAUUUGUAACAAAAAUCCAGAAGUGAACUUUUUCUUUUGUGCUAUA